AUGGCUUCUUCCAAGCAAAGCACCAUCAUCGUCACAGGAGGCACCGGGAAAACCGGUUCCUGCGUCACCGACCUCCUCGUCGCCAGUGGCGUCCCCCACAUCGUCGCGACCCGGUCCAGCGGCUCGGCAGACCAACUCAACAGCGCAGAGUUCGACUGGAUGGACGAGACGACGUGGGACAAUCCGUUCGCCGCCGCCGCCGCCGCCGCCGGCACAGACACGAGCAGCCCGCCACCCGCAACGACGGUGUUCCUGGUGGCGCCGCCUGUGUUUCACAGCAGCCUCAUCAUGAACGCCUUCAUCGACCGGGUGCGCAGCAGGCAUGGCGUCAAGAGGUUUGUGCUGCUGGCGUCGACGGCUGUGGAGGCGGGCGGUCCUGCGUUUGGGGGCACGAUGGCGCGUCUUGCUGAGCUGGGCGGCAAGGGGGAGAUUGAGUUUGCUGUGCUGCGGCCUUCUUGGUUUCAGGACAACUGGUCUGAGCAGAAUAACCUGCGCAAGCCCAUCAAAGAAGAGGGAAAAUCAUACUCCGCCACCGGCGACGGCAAGAUCCCUUGGGUGUCCAAGUAUGACAUCGCAGGGUGCGCAUUCCAUGCACUGACGGAUGAGAAGCCUGUCAAUGGAGAUGUGAUCAUCCUGGGGCCCGAGUUGCUAUCAUAUGCGGACGUGAUCACGGUGGAGAUGAAUGUGGCUUUGCUGAUCAAUAGCCCUGAUGGACAGUGCGCCAACAUCAUUGCCGAUGUCACGGGCAAGAAGGUCGUCCAUGUCGACCUGACGGGUGACGAGCUUGUGGCGCGACACGUGCAGAACCUCGGACUGCCAGAGGAAUACGCCAGGAUCAUGGCCGGGAUGGAUGAGGCCAUCAAGCAUGGCUCCGAGGAGAAGCUGAAUGAUGUCGUGCAGAGCAUGACGGGGAAGAAGCCAAGGACUUUUAGGGAAUUCGCCGAGGCCAACAAGGCUGUCUGGCUGUGA